AUGCCAUUAAAAGACGCAGUUCUGUCCACUACUCAUUCCGUUCAAGGCUCAUUGAGCACCCUACGCGGUUCUACUGACAUGCAUGGGUCAAGUAAUUAUCGUCCAAUAUCACAACUAAAAGGAGGGUCUAAUGUGAAUAACGAAACAAAAAAUGAUUCGCAAAUCCCCGAAAACAAAAGUGAUAAUGAUUCCGAUGAAAAGACGGCACUGGUUGUGGAUGACCAGGAUGGCCACAUUGAACAUAAAACGAAACAAAGCAACAAUCAUGAUAAAAGCAGAUCAAAAGAUUUGAAUGAUCUGCAUGAAUCAAGUAGAGAGUCACAUACAGCACACAAGCCAACUCUGCCAAAAGAUGAUCACAGGAGUCACCUGCACCACCACAAAGACAGCGAGGACGAGGGAGAGGACGCUGCUAUGCCAUUCGGUGAUAUGGAUACUAACUUUUUCUCAACGUUGAUGAACAACACUACGCUAAGCUCCGGUUUUGGUUCAUUAAGAAAUUUGAAAGCUUCGGCAAUGGAGAAUUUUUUGAAAAGAAAGAAAGAUAAUUAUGACGAAGAAAAGCCGUCGCUGCAUCUUCAUCACCAUCAUCAUCAUCACCACAACCAAUCGCGUCCACAUCAUUUAAAUCCUGGACAGAACCCAUGUGGGUCUACCAGCGGAACCUUACUGCCCAGUUUAAGUAGCCCCAGCUCACGACCUGGGAGUCCUCUGUCUCAAACUUCACAACAUGGCACAUCACGAUCUGGAAGCCCUCAACCAGACUUUAAUCUUGAACACUCCAACGCUUAUCUUAAAAGAGGUGGCCACGGUUUCCUCCACAAUGGCGUUAUUAGCGGUGAGAAUUCAACAGCUGAAGAUUCGACGGAUGAAGAGGAAGAGUAUGAUGCUGCUGGGUUAAGUGACCCCGGUGUGCCACAAAGAGAAGCAGUCGAAACAUUUCUUGCUAACGCAGAGUCUACUCUGACAGCAACAGCAAUGAAUCUGGAGGUCACUUCUUAUUCAACGUUGAACAAUGACACUGUCACCAAUAGUGAAACCCUUACAGAUGGCGAAACUCUCAAAGGUUCAAGAAAAAACACUAUUGUACUUGAUGGUGAAGGGGCAGAAGGAUUGACGAAUGAUCAAAUCGAGCAUUUGACACCAUUCCAGAAAUCAGUAAUUAAUAAAUUGGACCCUCAUCAUAUUAAGGAAGGGGUUCUUGUUAAAAUUAAGGAUCGUCAAAAUGAGCCUUUGGAUGAUCGCUUAAAUGCUACGAGGAGAAUGUUGCGCUACAGAAUUGCAGAGAGAUUGACAAAGACGUUUGAUUUAAAGCCUGAUGAUAUAUUUUGUGGUAACUUCAAUUCAUGGCUCGUUAAAGAUGUGAUACUUCAAGGCCAUAUAUAUUUGACUGAAAAGACCUUGUUAUAUUUUGCCUUCUUGCCUAAGCGAUUUAACACUGAAGAUCCAAAGGAUCAGGAGAAUUUUGAUGAUUCUGCCAACAAUAUUCACAAGGGGACAUUGGGUAUGAAGACAGCAAAGUACGGGGACUCGAAGUUCCUGUCGGUUUUAACACACAGGUAUUGGGCUAUUCUUCGUACCGAUACUUUAACCAUAUACAGCUCUUUUACGGAUUUAUACUUUCCGCUCAAAGUUAUUGAUUUGAGAACAUGCUUAUAUGCUGAGAUAUUGACAAAGGAAAAAGGCAAAGAAGCAACUUCACCGACGCUGAAAAGCACACAAACCGGAUCAGCGAUGCGUAGUGGGUACACGUCUGGAUACAGCACGCCACCCUCGAUACUGGAAACACCAUCUGACCUCGAAUCAAUGCUUUCUCAAGAAGGUUUUGGGGCAACCGAGGACAACGUCGAAGCGAGAAGCUCCUCUGUAUGGAUUGGCUUGGUUUCUAAGAAAAAGACGUAUCGGUUCCAAUGUGAUAACUUGCAUUCAGCAAGACAAUGGUGUAACAAUUUAACGAAACAGAUUUUUCAAUUGCAUAAUGCCACGACCAAUGGCGAAGUGUUGGUUAAGAUUCCUAUUGCUAAUAUCACCGAUUUCAGAAGACGUACUAUUUUUGAAGAAGAGGAGGGUGGCAUUGAUGACGCAGAAAAUGAUAUACCUUUGAGCCUAAGUAUUAAAUACGUCACCAACGAUCCUCUGGAGAAAAGGAAGCGAGAUAAAAUAAAGGAGAAACUUAAUAAACAUGGAGAAGAGGAGAUAAUAUUCUUGAUCCCAAAGAAUGGUCUAGACUUUUUCAAAUCUUUCGAAGGGGCUAUGGAAAAGCAGGCAAAUAAAGUUGCUCGAGAGAAACACAAUAUGUUUGGUUCUAAAAAACAGGAGUUGGAAAAGUCAUACUCUACGUUGUCGCCGUCGUUGAAUGCUUUAGUUCAGAACGUAAUAGAUUCAAAUCUUCCAGAGGAGAAACGUGAUAGCGGUUCGGCGCUUAAGAGGUUCGGCAAGUCAUUCGGCUUAUCUGCAAAGUCUGAUGAUUCUUCGGUAAUGCUGGAUGGAGGCAUAAGCCGAUUAGACAUGGACCACCUUUCAUUCCCGCACAGUCUAUCAGAAAAGGUAUUCAAAGAUUUGGAAAUCACGUUUGAAACGACGUUUAAAAACUUGAAGGAUGCUACGUCUAGGUGGGACAACGACUACCAUGACAUUAUAACUGCCAUGGAUGAACUUCCUAUACCUUCCAUACUGGCAAAUCCGAAAGAAUCGAAAAAGCGAGGUUUCAGUAAAAGCAUUAAACUAUUUUCCAAUAUGACAGCGAGGUUUUCUGCAUCUCCUAUUCACUACACGAUCGAAGACAAAUACUAUGUCUCGGAUGCCAAGGAACGCGAAAUUGCAUUAAAGCAUUUCCAGGAGCAUUUUUCUUUGUACAAUUCAAGAUUGGUUGCAUCUUAUUUCUGUCACUUGUUACGGACUGUUCCUGUUUAUGGUAAGUUGUAUGUUUCUGAGCACGAGAUAUGUUUCAGAAGUUUGCUCCCAGGGGUAUCUACAAAGAUGAUUCUUCCCCUGACCAGUAUUGAAGGCGUUGAACCAAUCUCAGGAAAAAUAUAUGCUGGAACCAAACUCAUCUUGCAAGGAGCCGAAGAAUUGGAUUUGGAAUUUGCAUUUGCCAAGUCUCGUGAUGACUUCACAAAUGUUGCUCUAGAAUUGCUAGGGAAGCUUCAUGCUAACGAAGGCUUCCGACCAAAGCCACAUGAAUGGGGUCCUAAUUAUAACUUAGAGUUGUCCAAGACAAGAAUGGAAUAUACCGACUCCGAGAGGAAAAAACUUGAAGAAAAAGAUUCUCGAAGGGAUUUGGAGAUUGCUGAACUGAAAGUGGGGCUUGCCAGAAUCAAGAUGUUUGAGGAUCGUCUCACAACGGCGUCUGGGUUAGAUGUGCCAAUUGUGUUGGAAGAUUCACCGUUCUUCAAAACCGAGAUGAAACCGUCAACCUCGUACAAUAUCACGCUUCUUACCAUUGGCUCACGUGGUGAUGUUCAACCUUAUAUUGCGUUGGCAUUGGGUUUGCAAAAGGAAGGACACGUGGUGACAAUAGCUACCCAUGGUGAAUUCAAAGACUGGAUAGAGAAAGACCAUCACAUAAAGUUUAAAGAGAUUGCUGGUAAUCCCAGUGAGUUGAUGUCGUUUAUGGUCGGACAUAGUAGUUUGUCAGUUACGUUUUUAAAAGAUGCACAAGCUAAAUUCAAGGGAUGGAUUGCGAAAUUAUUGACAACCAGUUGGGAAGCGUGCCAAGGCGCAGAUAUUUUGAUUGAAAGCCCUUCUGCAAUGGCAGGUAUUCACAUUGCUGAAGCAUUGGUGAUCCCAUACUUUAGAGCAUUCACCAUGCCGUGGACUAGAACAAGAGCAUAUCCACAAGCAUUUUUGGUUCCUGACCAAAAGAAAGGUGGGUCGUUCAACUACUUAACCUAUGUGUUAUUUGACAAUGUCUUCUGGAAAGGCAUUCAAGCUCAAGUAAACAAAUGGCGAGUUCGGGAGUUGGACUUACCCAAGACAAACUUGUAUCGAAUGCUGCAGACAAAGGUACCGUUUUUGUAUAACGUGUCGCCGUGUGUAUUACCACCCGCAAAUGACUUUCCCGACUGGGUCAAGGUUACUGGAUAUUGGUUCUUGGAUGAAGGUAAAAAAGAUUACAAACCUCCUCAGGAUUUGGUGGACUUUAUUAAUCAGGCAGCUGAAGAUGAGAAAAAGGUUGUUUAUAUUGGAUUUGGAUCUAUUGUUGUCAAGGAUGCAGCAUCGUUGACCAAAGCUGUUAUUGAAGCUGUUCUAGACGCUGGUGUUAGAUGUAUUUUGAAUAAAGGAUGGUCUGAUCGUGGUAGUCACAAGGAUAAAAAUAAGAUGGAGGUUGAAUUACCUCCUGAAGUCUUCAAUGCGGGUUCGAUCCCACAUGAUUGGUUGUUGCCCAAAGUCGAUGCGGCUGUACACCAUGGUGGUUCUGGAACUACUGGUGCUGCACUAAAAGCGGGGUGUCCUAGUAUCAUUAAGCCAUUUUUUGGUGAUCAGUUCUUUUAUGCAAGAAGGAUCGAGGAUAUGGGAGCUGGGUUGGCUUUGAAAAAAUUGACAGCUAAAUCAUUGGCAAAAGCUCUUGUCACUGUAACUGAGGACUUGAAGAUUAUUGAAAAAGCAAAGAGUGUAAGUAGCCAAAUACAUCGUGAAUACGGUGUCUUGAAUGCCAUUGAGGCUUUGUAUUCAGACUUGGAGUAUGCAAGAAGCUUGAUUUGGGCCAAGGAACUUCAUAAUGCCAACUACAAACGUCACCAUCCUGACUACAAAACUCAAUCUGGUGUGCAGACCGCUGAUGUUUCAGAGGAUGAGUCAGAGAGCGAUUAUGGCAGUGACAGUACAAGUGAUGAGGAAGACGAUGAUGGCGACGUGACUGAACGUGAAGAUGAAACUGAAGCAGAUGAAAAGGAACGUAACCCACAAGAGAAAGCAAAGAGAUGA